CGGUGCGCUGCGCGCUGUGUGCCGGGAUAGCAUCCGGGUAUCGCGCUGAGGUAAACGGCGGGGCUGGAGGACCGCUGAUCGUCGCCAUUUCGUUCCCAGGCCCGAGGCCCCCCAUCCACCCGGAGCCAUGGCGAUGCAAGCGGCCAAACGAGCUAACAUCCGGCUGCCGCCAGAAGUCAAUCGGAUCCUGUAUAUCAGGAACUUGCCGUACAAAAUCACCGCGGAGGAGAUGUACGAUAUUUUUGGGAAAUACGGGCCUAUUCGGCAAAUCCGAGUUGGGAACACUCCUGAAACGAGAGGAACAGCCUACGUAGUCUACGAAGACAUCUUUGACGCUAAAAACGCUUGUGAUCAUCUGUCAGGGUUCAACGUGUGCAACAGAUACCUCGUUGUUUUGUACUACAAUGCAAACAGGGCAUUCCAGAAGAUGGACACAAAGAAGAAAGAGGAACAGCUUAAGCUUCUCAAGGAAAAAUACGGAAUUAAUACAGACCCACCAAAAUAAACUGAUUUUUUUUUUGGAAAACUGUUUUCAAGACCUACCAUUGUGUUUUUGAACUACGUAAGGAUUCUCCCUGAUGUAUAUAUUCUUAAAAUUUAAUAAGCUGUAAUUUCAAUCCUUAGAUCUUCGUAUUAGGAUUAAAUGUAAAACAUCAGAAGAUCUGCUUUAAGACUAAACGCCCUAAAUAGACACAGCUUCGUCAUGUUGCAAGGCUGAGCUGUAAGCGCUGUGUAACCACCGUCCUCUCUCUGGCAGGCCCUUGUAGGACAGGUCCGAGUACAGGCCUGCUGAAAUCCCGCCUAGGCUGCAGGGCUGAUUUUAAAGGGGGCAGCCCGUUAGUACAAAGAGCUCAAGGGGCUUUGUAUCAGCUGUCUGCGUGGUGAAUUUCAACUGCCACUUCUAAAAACAGAAUAAUGCAAGUAAGCAAGAGUGUCCCUGCCAGAGGGAUUCUCGUGCUAUUUGUUUUUUAAUUAAAAAAA